GUCUGUUACUGACUCCUGGCGUCAGAGGCGUCUCCUGUGGCCCCGGAAGCGGCUGCUUCGUCUCUUGGCGGAGCCCCCACCCUCCGCGCCCCUCACACCCUCCGCCCUCUUCCUCUGCGGGGGUAGUAGGACGAGGGACUCAGCCCCGAGGGAAGGGAGCGGCGGCGCCCGCCAGGCCCGUAGAAAAGUUUGCAAUUCAGCAUGGAACAAAGAAGAUAGUAGAAGGCGGAAGACCUUGGGAUGCAGGAUGGCUUUCUUGGACAAUCCAACCAUUAUCCUGGCUCACAUCCGACAGUCACAUGUGACCAGCGAUGACACAGGGAUGUGUGAACUGGUCCUGAUUGACCACGAUGUCGACCUGGAGAAAUUCCAGCCCACUUCGGCCAAUGGGGACAGCAGCUCAGAAACGCAGGGCAGCAAUGGCGAGUCUCAGGGUUACGUAUACUCCCAGUCAGUCGACAUUACCUCAAGUUGGGACUUUGGUAUUAGAAGGCGAUCAAAUACAGCUCAAAGACUUGAACGGCUACGGAAAGAGAGGCAAAAUCAGAUAAAAUGCAAGAAUGUGCAGUGGAAGGAAAGGAACACAUCUUAUUCAGCGGAGGAGCUGAGCCUGCUGUUUGAGAAGAAGAACUUCAGGGUGAAGCCUCAGCGUGCUGCUACGAAGCCAUCAAUCCUCUCAGUACGGCUGGAACAGUGCCCCCUACAGCUGAACAACCCAUUCAACGAAUACUCAAAAUUUGAUGGCAAGGGCCAUAUUGGCACCACUGCAACCAAAAUCAUUGAUGUCUACCUCCCGCUGCACACAAACCAGGACAAACUGCAGCCCAUGACUGUGGUGACCAUCGCCAAUGCCAAGGUGCAUGACUUGAUUGGGCUCAUCUGCUGGCAGUACACGAGUGAAGGACGGGAACCCAAACUCAAUGAAAAUGUCAGCGCUUACUGCCUCCACAUUGCUGAGGACGAUGGUGAGGUUGACACAGACUUCCCACCCUUGGAUUGCAAUGAGCCCAUCCACAAGUUCGGCUUCAGCACACUGGCACUGGUAGAGAAAUACUCCUCGCCCGGCUUGGCAGCCAAGCAGUCUCUCUUCGUCCGGAUAAAUGCUGCACAUGGAUUCUCACUUAUCCAGGUGGACAGCAUGAAGGUCACCAUGAAGGACAUCUUGCAAAAGGCUUUGAAGCGGAGAAAAGGAUCCCAGCGAGGCUCAGGCCCUCAGUACCGGCUGGAGAAGCAGAACGAGCCCAACGUCCCUGUUGACUUAGACUGUACCUUGGAGAGCCAGAGCACUUUGGAAUUCUGCCUCGUCCGCGAGAAUAGUUCGAGAGGCGAAGAGAUCUCAGAAGAGGACCCACAGAUUGACAUUGCAACCGUCCAGGACAUGUUAAGCAGCCACCAUUACAAGUCUUUCAAAGUCAGCAUGAUCCACAGGCUUCGGUUCACCACAGACGUUCAGUUAGGGAUUUCGGGAGACAAGGUGGAGGUGGAUCCUGUAACGAAUCAGAAAGCCAGCACCAAGUUCUGGAUUAAACAGAAGCCCAUCUCCAUCGAUUGUGAGCUCCUCUGCACUUGUGACCUUGCAGAAGAAAAGAGCCCAAGCCAUGCAAUAUUUAAACUCGCAUAUCUAAGCAAUCACGACUACAAACAUCUCUACUUUGAGUCUGAUGCUGCUACUGUCAACGAGAUUGUGCUGAAGGUGAACUAUAUCCUGGAAUCCCGUGCCAGUACAACACGAGCAGAUUACUUGGCUCAAAAGCAAAGGAAACUGAGUCGAAGGACCAGCUUCAGCUUCCAAAAGGAAAAGAAAUCAGGGCAGCAGUGAAGUCUAGACUUGCCUGGAGUCCAGCUGCCCUGCUUGGGAAUAAAUAGGAAAUGCUCCCUCUGGGACAAGAGGGACUCAUGAAUUCUGGUGGCUAGUGGCCAGCCAGCAUAGGAAUUAUUUUACAGGUAUUAUUUUACAGGUCGACAUGACAUAUUUUACACAGCCGCUUUUGGCAAUGGGCCUUGCCCUUUCAUAGGAAAAAAAAAAGAGCCAUAUCAGCCCCAAAGAGGACAUAGUUGGGCUUUCAGUAUCUCCGGCUGGGGCCGAGUAAAGGCCUCUAUAGGCUUGACUUCUUGUUUGUUUGUUUUCGUUUGUUUGUUUUUGUAGAAAUCUCCAAGGUCCAGUUGCAAGGAAAGUGCCAUAGGAUCCGCAAAAAAAUACAAGUCCAGAGGUGAAAACUGAAUGGCCCUUGUUCAUAGCCUACACACACACACACACACACACACACGAGCACACAGCUCACAGACAAACCCACAAAGACAAACGUAUCGCUGCUGACAUGAUCAAAUUUCCUAAAAACCAACAAGCAUAGGACAAAUGUAUCCAUUUUUGUUACUAAUAAACCAAUUGUACUCUU